AUGGAUGCCAGCAGUGUUUCUUCAGUGUGGUACAGGACGCCAAAACGUGCAGGAAAGCUAAGGCAACGGAUUCAAGACCUCCGCAUCCCGUCCCCCUCUUACAAUGAGUUUGUGGCCAGCAGACCCUCGUUGGAUCUGAGCCACAAUGAGAGUGCUCGGCUGGCGGCGGACUGUCUGCUCAACCAGGGCUUAGAGGGAUACCAAGAGAUGUUAAACAUAGAGGGAGAGGUGGACUUUCUGUCAAAUGCAGAGAAAAAUUACAUCAAGGAGAAUGUGAGGGAUGCAAACACAGUUGAUUCUGGUCCAUCUGAUGAUGAUGAUGAGACAGAGUUGCAAAGCUCACAUGCUGACUCCAAGUCGCCCACACGACGCCCUGUAGUGUCCACGAACAGUGAUACUACUGUGGCUGCCUUGGAGCUGCCUGGAGUGAAAGAUGUGAAGUGGGGUGAUCCAAUCCAGGACAGGCCCACCCUCAAGGUUUUUUUCCAGUGUGACAGCAAGGGAGCCGGCAUGAAAGAUGUGGUGAGGGGGUUCAUCAGAAAGGCUAAAACGAUCCUGCUCAUAGUGAUGGACAACUUCAGCGAUGUGGAGUUGCUGUGUGAUCUUCUGGAGGCGAGCAGGAGGAACGUGUCCGUUCAUCUGCUGCUGGAUCAUCUCAACCUGAGCGUGUUUGUCAGCAUGUGGCAGGAGAUCAAACUCAACAGCAAGAACUUCCCUAAGCUGUCAGUUCGCAGUGUUGAUGGACAGACUUACUGUGCCAAGACAGGCAGGAAGCUGACUGGUCAAAUUGCUGAGAGUUUUAUCAUCACUGACUGGACUGAGGUGCUGACUGGCUCAUACAGUUUCUCCUGGCUGUCCUGGCAGGUCCAUCGGAGUAUUGCUGUUCUUUUAAAGGGUGGCACAGUCAUACCUUUCCAUGAGGAAUUCCAAAGGCUCUACCGCAGCUCCAAACCUGUCCCCGUCUUCAUUACUUCCCCUCUUUUCACCACAUCAAAUGACAGCGUCAGUCAGCUGAAAUCAAGCCAGAACAAAACAGUUUACUGCAGUCAGCCUGAAGAUGUUCAAAACACUCAGACAAAAGCGCAAAUGCUUGCAGAUGUCCCAAGUAGUGGAUUAUCUAAUCCCAAUGCAGAAUUUGAGAGCAGCACCAGUAAAACACAUCCUCUGCACAUGGCAGAUACACAAACGGAGGCAAAACCUUUUACACAAACCCAAAUCCAAACACAGCUGUGCCCAAAAACUGUGGCUCAAGCAGGAAUGACGCAGAGUGUUUCUAUGGAAAAAGCUAAGCAUACAGCAGGAGCUGUCUUUAACCAACAUGAUGCAAAAACAAACAUGGAAUCUGUACAGAAGAAUGACAACCAGACACAAGCUCAGGCUCAAAACAAGAUCCACAGUCACUCAAACCUUCUCAGUCACACUGACAACUCACACAUUCAACCUCAGCUCACUGGUCGCACCACCACCACCACCACUACCACCAACACAGGAGGCAAGACCAGCCACAGUGGCACCGCCAGGCCCCCCUUCAGUUACACCCAACCACAGAGUCUCCAGGGUUCUUACCAGCUACAGGAACAAAGCUGA